GCAGUGAUCGUCAAUGCGCUGGUGGCUGUGCACAAGAGCGUAGACCGCAAGUGCCAUGCGUUGGCCCGCAGUGAGGGUAGAGCUAUGGUCGUCACCCCACGCCACUUUCUGGACUUCAUCAACCACUACGUGUCCUUGUUUGUGGAGAAACGGUCCGAACUCGAGGACCAGAAGCUGCACCUGAAUAUCGGUCUACGGAAGAUCGAUGAGACCGUAGCACAGGUGGAAGAGCUGCGCGGCCAACUGUCCAUCAAAAACAGCGAGUUAAAAUCAGCCAAUGAAAAGGCAGAGACCAAGCUGCAGCAAAUGCUAUUGGAUCAAAACGAGGCCGAGAAGCGACGGGAGGCGUCUGUGGCCAUGCAGGCUGAGUUGGCCGAGAAGGAGCUCAUUGUGCGCGAACGCACGCACAAAGUGGAGAGUGAACUGGAACAAGUGGAGCCAGCUGUGGCUGAGGCACGCGAGGCCGUCAGUGGCAUCCGCAAGAAGCAGCUGUCAGAGAUACGCUCACUCAACAACCCGCCGGCGAUGGUCAAGUUAACCAUGGAGAGUGUGUGCGUGCUGCUGGGAGAAACCGUGAUUGAUUGGACGGCGGUACGCAAGGUGAUUGUGCGGGAUGACUUCAUCAGUAGCAUAGUCAACUUCGACACGGACCAGAUAUCGCGCGCAUUAAAGAACAAAUUGGAGAAGAGCUAUCUCAACAACCCCGACUAUACGUUUGAGAACGCCAACCGUGCCAGCAACGCGUGUGGGCCGUUGCUGAAGUGGGUGGUGGCCCAAGUCAAGUACUCGGAUAUGCUCCUGCGCAUCGAACCACUCCGAGCUGAGCUCAGAGCACUCACCGAGUCAGCCAAAGUCACGCGCACACAGGCGCAAGAGACGGAAGCUCUGGUGGUUGAUCUGGAGAGGAGCAUUCAGCAGUACAAGGACGAAUAUGCCCUGCUCAUUGCCGAGGCCGAGACGCUGAAGGUUACCAUGGCAACGGUCCAGACUAAGGUAUCGCGCAGCGAGGGCUUACUUCACUCGCUGUCUGCCGAGCAGGAGAGAUGGGGCGUGGAGAGCUCAUCGUUCGAGGAUCAAAUGAAGACCAUUGUGGGUGAUACGCUGUUAGGUGCGGCGUUCAUUGUAUACGCUGGUUACUUCGACCAGUUGGCGCGUCACGAGUUGCUGUCGCUAUGGCAACGCUCACUGGGAGCUGCGCGAGUGCAGUUUAGAGACGACAUCGCACUGUCUGAGUACCUCUCAACCGCUGAUGAGAGGCUGCACUGGCAGGCGUGUGGACUGCCUGUGGAUGACCUGUGCUCAGAGAAUGCCAUCAUGCUGCACCGCUUCAAACGCUAUCCGCUGACCAUCGACCCCAGUGGCCAAGCAGCCAACUUCCUGACGAAGCUACACCAGGACAAGAAGAUGAUUGUGACGUCCUUCCUGGACAACGCCUUCCGCAAGAACUUGGAGAGUGCCCUUCGCUUUGGCAACACACUGCUCGUGCACGACGCCGAAAACUUCGACCCCAUCCUCAAUCCAGUGCUAAACAGAGAGCUGUACCGCAACGGUGGCAGAGUCCUAAUCAAAAUCGGCGAUCAGGAGAUCGACUUCAGCCCGGCCUUCAGCAUCAUUCUGUGCACUCGCAACCCCACAGUGCACUUUGCCCCGGACGUGUGCAGCCGUGUGACGUUCGUCAACUUCACCAUCACGCGCGCGUCGCUGCAGAGUCAAUGUCUGAAUGCCGUACUCAAGAGCGAACGCCCAGACGUCGACCAGAAACGCAUUGAUCUGCUGACGCUGCAGGGCGACUUCAGACGCCGUCUCAGGCACUUGGAAAAGGCCUUGCUCGAGUCGCUCAACACUUCCAAGGGCAAGAUCCUGGACGACGAUAGUGUCAUCACAACACUGGAGAGUCUCAAGCGAGAGGCAGCCGACAUCAACCAGAAGUUUGCGGAGACGGACGUUGUUACGGCAGAGGUGGAGAGUGUUCGCAGCCAAUACCACAGCCUGGCAGCUGCGUCAAGCGCCGUGUACUUCUCGCUGGAGCAGUUGACGCAUGUGCACUUCCUGUACCAGUUUUCGCUGGACUUUUUCCUGGACAUCUUUGCGCACGUGCUGCACCAUAACGCCAAUCUGAGCGCACUCAAGGACCGCAACGAACGUCUGCGGGUCAUCGACAGAGACUUGUUCCGCACCACCUACCAACGCGUGUCUGUGGCAUUGCACCAACGGGACCGUCAUCUGUUUGCGUUUUUGCUCGCUAUGAUCAAACUAGAAGGCUCUGGCACGGGCGACGACAUCACUCCGUCAGAGUACGAGUACUUCAUGAGAGGGCCGCAGGCCUCCUCCGCCAUCACCGAGAAUGGCGAUGCAGACCUUUCCGCAGGAGCCACACAGCUGCCCGAGGGCGUGCACCAGUGCUUGCUGCAAUUGCAGGAAUCAAUUGCGGGACGCCCAUUCCGGGACGUGAUGAGUCAUGUGCAGAACAACUCGGCCGAAUGGGCGGAGUAUCUCAGCAGUGCUGUGCCAGAGCAGCACGUGCCUGUGUGCUGGGCCCAAGACACCGAACUUUUAGCGG